AUUAGCUAUUUGUUUACAUUUUUUUUUCAUUUAUGAUUUGGCUAAAAAUGCAUUAUUCAUGUAUCAUCUAGAUAAGAUCUAAAUGAUCUAGCCAAUAGCUUGAUACCUCUUCACCUAUAGACGAUAUCUAACCAGUUUUAAGCAUAGGGCUACACCAUUGCGGUACCAUAUAAAUAUAGUUACGAGAACGUCCCUGAAAAUGAUCAUGCGGGACAGAAAAGAAUAAGGAUGUGAGUAAUUACCAGAGCGUAAAAGCUGCGGUGAAAUGUUUCCUAGAGCUGUCAGUAUUACCAGGGCGUGAAAUGUUUUCUAGAGCUGUCAGUAUUACCAGAGACUGAGAUCUACUGUGAAAUAUUUUCUAGAGGUGUUAGUAUUACCAGAGCCUGAGAUCUACUGUGAAAUAUUUUCUAGAGGUGUUAGUAUUACCAGAGCCUGAGAUCUACUGUGAAAUGUUUUCUAGAGCUGUCAGUAUUACCAGAGUGUGAAAUGUUUUCUAGAGCUGUCAGUAUUACCAGAGUCUGAAAUGUUUUCUAGAGCUGUCAGUAUUUAUAUACUAAUUGUAAUUAGUAUUGUUACAAGUCAAGAAUUGACGUGGUUAAAUGGAAAAGACACUGCUGAUCAGUCAUCAGAUAUAUGGGGUCCUGGUGGAAGGAGUGGAAGCCUAAGCUGGAAAGAUGCAAAUGGCUAUGUAUGGUUGUUCGGGGGUAAAGGUUUUUCAGAUCUGAAUAAUGGUAAACCUAUUUUAUUGAAUGAUCUUUGGCGAUACCACAUCUUCACCAAUACCUGGAGUCUGGUUCAUCCAGGCAGUGUUGCUAGUAUGGGUACUUCUUCUCAUUCGAAGUCUCCAUCACCCAGGUAUUUAGGAGCCGGAUGUGGUGUGACCAAUCUCACCUUUAUAAUUUACGGUGGUCUAGGAGAAAAUGACGAAGCUCUGGAGGAUACUUGGGUUUAUUACAUCAAGAGACGAACUUGGUUAUUAUUAAAAGGAUCUGUUGACGUCGACACAGACUCUGACGAUAACCAUAGCAACAUCACAUCUAUAAACACUUCAAGCAAUUCAACAUCAGUUUUAAAUUCCUCAUACACAGAUCCUCCAGAAUCAUUUAAUGUGUACAUUUCUCCCGGUUUCCGUGGCAACAUGGCAUCCUGGUGUUUGUAUGAUAGUAUGCUCGUAUUCAGUGGACGGAACAAUAACAAAACCCUGCUCAAUGACAUGUGGAAAAUGUCCUUCAGGAAUUUACAAUGGGAAGAGAUAGUUGUUAAGAACGGUACAGUGGCCCCGCGUACUGGAGCGACAACUUGGGUUGAUAGGAAACAGGUCUUGUAUAUGUUCGGUGGGAAUAUUGUUUUAAAUUCGAAGCAAAUACAUUCUACUGUGGGUUACAUGUCUGAUUUAUGGAUGUUUAACGAAACAGAACAAACAUGGCAACUAUUAUCGGGAAGCGCGAAACCGCAGACACCGGGACAAUACGGUCGGUUGUAUGGUGUUGAAUACGGCAAUAAACCGGGUAGUCGACAAGGUGCAUCCCCGUUCCUUGAUUCUUCCAAUAAUCUUUGGUUGUUUGGAGGAGAUGGGUUGGAUACAGAAGUGUAUGGUAAAUCCGAACUUCUGUCUGAUUUCUGGAGGUUCAACACAAAGCAUGUGCAAUGGUCUUGGAUGGGAGGAAGUAAAGUAGGUGAAGCUGAAGUGAAAUUUUCCAGUAAAGGGGAGAUAAGCAGUGAAGCACUAAUUGGUGGGAGAUGUGAUGCUACUGUUUGGCUUUAUUCUGGGAAUAAGUUUUAUAUAUUUGGUGGUUUGGGACAUGAUAGCCACAAACAAGAUGGUUAUUUAAAUGACCUGUGGCUAGUAGAUGUUACGCAUCUUGUGUAUCAGUCUGUCAAAGUAAAAAUAGGGACAGUUAUUCUUUUUAUACUAAUGGCGAUAUCAUUAGUGAUGAUUCUAGCCGUUAUCUCUCUUUAUGCUAGAGAUAGAAAGAAUACAUUCAGUAGACUGAAUUCAAAUAUAAAGUACUCUCACUUAGCUACAAAUGGAGAUUAAAAAUGGAUGUUUAUGUCAAAAAUCUUCCAUGCAUGGCAGAGUCAUAGAGACUUUAAUAUUGUAUAAUUUCUAAACUACUUAAACAACUAAAUAUUAAUUAAAUUAGUUUAUUGUGAUCAUAUCAAUGUUAAUAUUCAAGUUGAGUCAUGAUUUGAAGGUGAUUUGUGGGGGAGGGGGGGAGUUAGUUGGUCGAGUGGUCACUUUAGAUUAUAAGGAUGGUUUUGAUCCCAAACUUGUACGUGACAAGGAGUAGGGUCAAUUGUGCAGUCUCAGUGAUUUUCUCUUAGUCCGUUGGUUUCCUACCACUACUAAAGACCCCUACGCACAUGCAAAUUAGUAAAAUUGAACCAUAUGUUAGUUUGUGUUGAUUGGAAGUUCAACUCCAUUUCUCUCUCUCUUGAAAGUAAUUUAUAUGAGAGAAGAAUCAAAUUGUGAUAUUCAUUAUCUGUCAUUAUUACAGGACUAAUGAUUAUGCUAACUGGAUUACUGCUGACUAUGCAAUCUUUAUUUAUCACAAUAACUUCUAUUUUGUUGGAUGGCAACACUGAUUACAAAGGCAAAUAGAUAGUAUGCAAUUUUUUAUAUACUAUUUGUCUUUACUUUUUAGUAAAGUAUCCAAACCCAAUUAUGCAUUUUCAGACAAAUUUAUGUACAUCAUUUUUCAAGGCUCAAUCCAUGCUAAAAUGCACUCAGAUUAUUUAUUUAACAUUCAAUUAAAGAUACAUUAUGGGAGGUAAGAUAAAGAGAUGUCAGUUCUCGCUAUAAUAGUUAAAAACUAGAUACUGUAACGGGAAUUUGCUGAAAAUUUCAGGCAAAUUGAUCCACUAUGAACCAAGAUUUUAGCAAUUUAAUUAUGAAUGGUAGUUGAAAAGCAAAUCAGAACCUAAUCCAAUAAACAUCGCAGGCUAGCAAUGCCAUCAAGAGUUGAUUAAUGUCUAAUGAAUAAUUAAGAAAACAUUUCAGGCCUAAAGAAAGAGCUGCAAUUGGCAGAUUUAGCUCUUGCAUAAUGUAUGUUUAAGAAAUAAAAACCAAAUUAUCAACAGUUGAUAAUCUUCUGGCUUUGAUGUAUUCAGAUUAAACAGACAUAUCAAGAGAUUUUAACCAAAACCACUUGUUUAUUUCAUCUGCAGUGGAUACAGAAUGUUGCCAAAUUUCCAAUUCACUAUAUCUUUGUAAAUACUUUAUAGAAUUUAACCGUUUUUGGACCGAUAAUUUUUAUUAGAGAUUGUAGUUGAUGAUCAUUAGUAUAAUAUAAUAGAUUGACUGUAGUUAUGUGUUAUUACAGUGUAUAUGUUAUUGUUUGUUGUAAUAGGAUAAUGAUUAUCUGAUAUUAUCUGUUAUAACACUGAUAGGAUAAUGAUAGCUAUGUGUUAUUACAAGGAUAAUGAUAGCUAUGUGUUAUUACAGUGUAUCUGUUAUUGUUUGUUGUAAUAGUAAUAGAAAGAUGAUAUCUAUGUGUUAUUACUGUGUUGAUAUUGUUUGUUGUAAUAGUAAUAGGAUAAUGAUAGCUAUGUGUUGUUACAGUGUAUUUGAUAUUGUCUGUAAUAAUAGUAAUAGAAUGAUGAUAUCUAUGUGUUAUUAUAGUGUAUUUGAUAUUGUCUGUUAUAAUAUUGCAAUACACACUGAAAUAUAAGCAUAAAUCAAAAUAGUAUUUAUUAGUGAAAGACUAAAAGAGAUAGUACUUAUUAGAUAAAGCAUAAAACAGAUAGUGUUUAUUAGUAAGAUUCCCUGGUUGUAUGUGACAAAGAGUAGGGUUGCCUGUCCAACCUUGUGGGUUUUCUCCGCAUCCUCUAGUGACCUCCCACUGCUAAAGACCCCGAAGCGCAAGUGAAUUAUUGAAAUAAAAUUGAACCAUAUGUUAGUCCCAAAAUGACCUUAGUUCUUAUUUGUAAAAGCAUAAAUCAGAAAUUAUUUAUGAGUAAAAGCAUAAAUUACAAGAUGAAAAUCAUUUUUUAAGGUCAGUAAUAUAAUAUCAAAUCACUUUGGUUUUGUUAUUUUCAAUUUGCCAAGGAAUCUGGAUUUUGAAAUACAACAUUUUAGAAAAAAUCUUUACAAUUAUAUAUCUAUAGAUGUGUUAUUUUUUAUUAUUUAAUGUUAAAUCAAUGAUGUAUAAUGAUUUUUUUGUUAUUUUGUUUAUGUACCAAGUACAGUUUAAUAAAAGCUUUUCA